AUGUCAAGCACCAAUUUUCGCCUGGAAUCGUUUCGUCCUUGGAAUACUUUCCAAGACAAAGCUCAGCCAUUGCGCGAUCCCCCCGGUACUUCUCGCUACCCUAGUCCGAUCUCAAUCAGUACCACCCCGCCAAGCAUUAUCUCGGCGAUACGGGCGACAGCACUCCCGACCCUUGUAACGACUAAUGGCGCCGUGGGGCUAGAAUCAUCGUUGACUUCACGAUCGAUUGGUAUAGAGGAAUAG